AACGAUAAAAGACAACCAUCAAAAGAUUUAUAGUCCAGAGCUUGAAGUUAAGCAUCAAUGGCGGAAGCACAUUGUAGCCACAACGAGUGAAUCAGUAAGUAGGUCACAAGGUAAGAGAGAGAGAGAGGUGUUUGUCUCUGUGUUCUUUGGUUUAUCCAACGCUUUCACGAGGAGGCCAAACGGCGUGAAAGAGCUCCCUUAGAUCUCGUCUCCUUCUCUUCCUCCGCUGCUGUUUUCGCCGGAAAACGGCGAAUUGAGAUUCAGAUCUCGUAUCCGCGGGAUCCAAUUGGGUUUACGCUAUCUCCCUUCGAGCAUUGGGAUCUGAGAGUUGCGGGAUCCAGUUCGAUCUGAUUUUGCAAUUCGGAUCAUUUCGAAUCCGUUCCAGAUCGAUCCAAUUUCUCAGUGAUGGAGAAGACGGAGGCGGAGAAGAAGUCGGCGGUGUCCGAUGUCGGCGCUUGGGCCAUGAACGUCAUCAGCUCCGUCGGCAUCAUCAUGGCCAACAAAGAGCUCAUGUCCUCCUCUGGUUUCGGCUUCAGCUUUGCCACGACUCUGACGGGAUUCCACUUCGCGGUCACUGCGUUGGUGGGUCUUGUUUCAAACGCCACUGGCUUGUCGGCAUCGAAGAAUGUUCCUCUCUGGGAGCUUCUCUGGUUCUCAAUCGUGGCAAACAUCUCCAUCGCCGCCAUGAACUUCAGUCUCAUGCUCAACUCUGUCGGAUUCUAUCAGAUUUCGAAAUUGAGCAUGAUUCCUGUGGUAUGCGUGAUGGAAUGGAUCCUUCAUAACAAGCAUUACUGCAGAGAAGUUAAGGCCUCCGUCAUGGUUGUGGUUAUAGGUGUGGGAAUCUGUACGAUUACCGAUGUGAAGGUUAAUGCCAAAGGUUUCACCUGUGCUUGCGUAGCUGUGUUCUCCACAUCUCUGCAGCAGAUUUCUAUAGGAUCUCUCCAGAAGAAAUAUUCGAUCGGAUCUUUCGAACUGCUGAGCAAGACAGCUCCGAUCCAAGCCCUCUCACUCCUCAUCUUCGGCCCGUUUAUAGACUAUUCCUUGAGUGGCAAAUUCAUAACUACAUACAAGAUGACUUACAGUGCCAUUCUAUGCAUACUCGUGUCUUGCACGCUGGCUGUCUUCUGUAACAUAAGCCAAUACCUCUGCAUAGGAAGAUUCUCAGCUGUCUCCUUCCAAGUCCUUGGCCACAUGAAAACAGUGUGUGUCCUAACACUAGGAUGGCUGAUCUUCGACUCGGAGAUGACAUUCAAGAACAUCACGGGAAUGGUCCUAGCCGUCGUGGGCAUGGUGGUUUACAGUUGGGCGGUCGAGGUCGAGAAACAGAGGAACGGAAAGGCCCCUCAUCACGGGAAGAACAGCAUGACUGAAGAUGAGAUAAGGCUGCUGAAGGAAGGGGUAGAGCACAUCAACCUGAAAGAUGUUGAGCUCUGUGAAACCAAAGCUUAAUCCUUCAAGGUAUAAUAUUGAGUUUUUGUUUCAACUCUUUGCUCCUUCGUUCAUCAAGUCAUAUUGUAUCCUUUGGGGUCUUUUUUCUGCCUUUAUUUAUGACAUAUAUAUAUAUAUAUAUAUAUAU